ACAAACAGCACACCGUUCAGCAAACACGUCUGAAUAGAUUUGCAUUCGUCUAUUGUAUCCUUGUUUUUGGAAAAAAUCCAACUCAACACUUUCGAGAUGCUGUCGACGGGUCGUAUCGCAACUCUGGUCUCUUUGCACUGCCUUCUGUACGUUUUCCAAACGGCUGGAUCGUCCGGCGCAGUCCAACUACCCAAUGGAUUCGUGACGUGCAAAAGGGCCGACCCCGAAGUGAACACUUGCAUCCAACGGGCGCUACAACGGUCGAUCCCCCAUUUGGUCAAAGGUAUUCCUCUUUUGGAUCUACUGCCAAUUGAACCAUUAUUCAUCACGCACAUGGAUAUCAACCAAUCGAGCGGUCCGUUAAUAAUCAAAUUAAACUUCAAAGAUUUAAACAUACACAGAUUGAGUUCCGUUAAGAUAAUAUCGUUGAAGUCAGAUAUUGAUAAAUUUACAUUCAAUAUCAAAGCGGAUUUCGACGAGCCGCUGGUAAUAGACGCUUUGUAUAAAGUUCAAGGUAAAAUCAUUAUCUUGCCAAUUAGAGGCGAAGGAAGAAGCAAUUUGACUUUAACUGGGGUAAAGGCAACGAUAGAAGCCAGAGGAAAGCCAAUUAUGAAAAACAACGAGAAAUACAUGGAGCUGGACUACUUAAACUUGAAAUUCAGUACUUCACAUUUACACGUUAAAUUAGACAAUCUAUUUAACGGAGAUAAAUUCUUAGGAAACAACAUGAAUCAGUAUUUAAACCGUAACUGGAGAGACAUUUUGAAGGAAGUCCAACCUGACGUCGAAGCUACACUCGGAAGUGCGUUCCAGUCGAUCGGUCACCAAUUUUUCUCAAAAUUACCAUACAACCAAAUAUUUAGAUAGUUAAAAAUGUUCUUAACGUUGAGCAUUUAUAUUGUAUUUUUUAUUAUUUAUUUAUUUUACCAUUUGAAAAU